AUGCGUCAACAACCGUUGGCUUUCAUGGUUGGCGAUUCGACUGCAUCUUUUUCUAUUCAGAGUCGACGAUCAUCAGAUUGUAACGCUAAAUUGUCAGUAUCGUUAUCCGCCGAAAUGGGACAACAAACGCCAAACGAUUCCGAGGGAACGGUAAGCGCAACGGUGAAACCAGCUCAGAAUCUGCAGAUGGUCACUCGAAGUCGAGCUCGAAGUGGACCGUUCAGUGUCGCCAAAGUGGGAGCAUCUAGCCGAAGAAGUACAUCGAAAUCUGUUGAUGAUGAAGUGCAGGAAAUUACACCAGGUGUCGUGGAAUCAAAAGAAUCUGUAGAGAGUGCUGUAUGUAUGCCAGCAAAAGCGCAGAAGCGAAGCAAAAAAGCGACGAACUCAGUGAGUGCAACAGCAGCAGCUGCAACAGUAACACUUCAAAGCACGUCAGCAACAUCUGUUUCUGAAAGUGCAAUCAAACAAGGUUCAUUCUUUAUUCAGUUACUCAUUUGUUUCAUUUGGUUUGGAUUAUUGGAGCUUCAGAAUGAUUUGGUACUCAUGAGAAAGUUUUGGUGUAUGAGUUUAUCCGUGUGCCAGAGAUUAUUAGAAUGA